UGAGUUGGGGCUUCUGCUUUGUUUGCUGCCUUCUGGGUGGUCUCGCAUGCGCUUGCCGCCGCAUCGGCGGGAGAGGUCGCCAUGGGCAACAACCUUGCAAGACUUGUUUUUCAGCCUCCUCAGUCAUCGUAUGGCAAAGAUCCAAACCUCUUUUGGUUGACUACCUCCAGAGAAGAGGUAAUCCCAGCCUUCUACCUCCGGAAGCCGGACGCCUUUUUCACCUUGCUCUUCAGUCACGGAAAUGCAGAAGAUCUCGGCCUGAUCAUAAGGUAUUUCAAAGACGUGUCCCAUCAGCUUCAUGUCAACGUGUUUUCCUAUGAGUACACUGGCUAUGGCAUGAGCACUGGCCAGCCGCAGGAAGCAGCUGUGUAUUCAGACAUUGAGGCUGCUUUCAAGUACUUGCGCGAGGAACUUCGCAUCCCUUGGACGCAAAUCGUACCAUACGGUCGAUCUAUUGGCACUGCACCAUCCAUACACCUGGCCAGAGAGUAUCCCGUUCGUGGUGUGAUUCUGCAGAGUCCUAUGGUGUCGAUCUAUCGAAUACCGUUCCGAUUGCGCUUCACUCUACCAGGUGACAUUUUCACCAACAUUGAUAAGAUUGGUGAUGUGUGCUGCCCUGUGUUCGUGAUCCAUGGCACCAGGGAUGAAAUCGUUCCUGUAUGGCAUGGGCAGGCUUUACAUGAAAUCUGUGUGAAGAAGGGCACAGCCUAUGAACCUUAUGUUCUAGAGGGUGGUGAUCACAACAACUUGGAGAUGCAGGCUGAUAUGAAUGAUAUGACGGACAGAUCCAUUGCUGGAGAUGCAUUCCUCGUGAGGAUCUCGGCCUUCCUCCAGCACCUGAAGCAGACACCAAUUUCCGAAAAGCUACAGCGACAGGCUGAGAAUGCUGGCUUCUGAUCCCGUCUAGGUUUCAUUUGAGCUUGUGGUGAUCCUUCGUAUGGUGACAUUUUUGUUUUCGAGUUGUGUAUUUCAGCAUGCUGUUGCCUGGUUUCAGUUGUACAGCGAACGUCAGUCUCCUCAACACUUCGUGGUUUCAGUUCCCUCCUGUCUCAUUUGUACGAGCUAGUGGCUCUGAUUCACUUCCAGUAAGGUUGCGUUGUCUGUAGCAGGCGCUCAUGCGCUGAACAUGUCUCAGACAGCCUGGAAUAGAAGGAAGGGUACAGUGCGGGACAGUACUGGUAUGCCUGCCUGAAGCUUCUGGAAAAGU